GGUGAUCGGUAGUGGCAGCGGGCGGAGGUCGCUGCUCGCUCUGGUCUCGCCGGCGGAGGAAGCGGGGUCCCUAACCAAGCGCCCCGGAGGCUGCUCGUUGUGGUCAGCAGGCACUGUGGAGGUUCCGUGAGGUCCCUUCGGAGAAGCGAACUGCGCAGGCUUGUGCGGCGGCAGCGGCGGCGACAAGAGAAGCCGCAGCAGCCGAAGCUACCGCGGCGGCCGCUUCCGUCUCGCCUUACUUCGGCUACCCGCAGAAGGGACACCAUGCCGAAGAGAAAGUCUCCAGAGGGUGCUGAAGGCAAGGAUGCUGCAAAACUAACAAAGCAAGAGCCAACAAGACGAUCUGCACGAUUAUCAGCCAAACCAGCUCCACCAAAACCUGAGCCUAAGCCAAGGAAAACUACUAAGAAGGAACCUGGAACAAAGGCUAACAAAGGUGCUAAGGGGAAGAAGGAUGAAAAGCAGGAAGCUACAAAGGAAGGUACUACACCAUCUGAAAAUGGUGAAAAUAAAGCUGAAGAGAUUCGCAUCUCUCGCUCAACUGUUAGUGUUUCAACAUCCAGAGGUGCUCCACCCAGCACACUGUCAGUAAAAGGGCAGAUUGAAACAGUGAAAGUUAAGGGUACGGUAGAGCAUUCUGCAUGUGUGCAGUGAAUAGAAACAGAUAGUAGUGUGGUGCUUUUCAUUGUGAACAAUGAAAGCUAGCAGGUAAGGCUUCUCUGGCUUUUGCAAAUCAGGAACCGAUAUAUUUCAGAGUGUUUAUAGCUGUCCUGUCUAUAUGAUUUAUAGUGCUUAAAUAGCUGGAAAUUGGGCUGUUACAAAUAUUUGCAACAAAAGGAAAGAGUGCUAGUGUUGAAAGUGGGUUUAAAAAAAAAUCCUGAGGUGGUGGUGGUGUUACUUUUAUAAAAGUUGAGACAGAUUGUGAUCAACUGCCAUAACAUUUUUCCUUUACCUUUUACAGGCACAGAGAACUGAAGUGCGUGUGAACUGACAUGAACAUUUGGGGAUGAUUUUAUGUACUUCUGGACAACUUUUAAAAGAUAUUUUUAUUAAGUAUUUUGUAAAUGCUAAUUUUUUAGGACUUACAAUAAGCUGACAAACUGUAAAUGAACGUUUCCUCCUUCCAUACCCACGCUUCUAGAACUUCGCAGUGUUGCCAAGUUAAAAAAACAAAAAACAAAAACAAAGUAUCAGCUUAACAUUGGAAAAAGUGUUUGUAAGAUUGGACAAGCAUUCCACUUACUUGCUUUUCAGAAGUAUAUGUCUUGUGCAUAUGGUGAUGUUUUUACCGUGGGUGUUUGGAUUUUUCUUGCAGCUUUUUCUAGAGCAAUAAUCCGUGGUGCUUUUGUAUUUAAGGUUUAUGCGAUUUUAAUGAAACAUGUAUAGAUAUGGCCACCUGCUGACUAUUUUGGUUUCUUUACAUUUGUUUAAAAUAAACAAAGUCUCUGCUGCCAGAAAAUAUAAUUUCCAAUAUUUUCUCUAAAUCUGAGAUAUGCCUUACUUAGCACUUGUUAGGAUGAUACUAAGCACACUUACCUAGAAUAAAUGCCCUGGUGAUUUCAGGAUAAGGAUACAUGCCCAAGGAAGUCAGUGGGACUUGAACCACAAUCCUAAACACCCUUGCUUGGCAUUAGGGUCCACUGUUUAGGACCAGAGGACUUACAUGCAAUUAUUCCAACUUACGUGGUUUGUAGAUCAAAGCCAAAGUACUUUACGGUUCCCCUGAGGAACAUUCACGACACAUGCAGAUCUGUGACAAAUAAUGGAAUUGAAGCUCACAUAUGUAAUAGCAGGCCUCGCACAGUUUGUGAUCCGUGGAACCAUAAUUAGCCCACUGGCCAUGUACUGUGGCUUGCCCAGGUAUUUCAGAACUCCUGCACCUGUCUUUGCAGCUUCACAUGCAAGGUGUGCAUUGCAAAAGUACAACUCUUGCCGAACCCUGGGAAGCUACCUUAUAUGGUUGGAUAUUGCAUAGUAGAGAGGAGACUUUAAAGUUGUCCCUGGUCCAUUUUUCAGCUUUACACUAUUUCAGUUCAAACAGACUUUAUAAUACUGCAUCAGCACAGACUGAACUAAAAGAUUUAAUUUCUUUGCUGGUUGAAAGAUUAAAAGGAACAGGUUUGACUUCGCAUCCCCUUCUCUUAGCCAUCCCCCAGUCCACAAAAACAUCUCAGAUUAUGAAACUGUAACCUGUAUCCAGUUUUAAUUUACCUUUGAUAAUUUUGCCUACUUUAUUAGAAAAACAAUGGUUAAUAUACCAAAUUGGAGGUUAAUCAACACUGUGUGUGGUGCCUGCUAGAAAUGAUGUAGAUGAAAGUAUACUUUAAGAGGUCUGUGGUUGUGAUGGUGGUCUUAAAUUAGCUGAAUGAUUUCUAGUACUGUGUUAACACUGCUUCAGCCUAUUAUAAGCACCUAGUCAUUUUCCCAUCUCUACUUUUCUUCUUUUUAAAUAAUUCACCUUUUGAAUAUUUUUUGUUUGUGGGGAGGCAAAGAAAAGUAUUUGUCUUUUGGUAACAUUUAUUUUUAUUGCUGAACUGGUGGCCAUAACGUCUGGGGAUAUAUGCAUGUUUCAGUCAAUAAAUGAAGUAAUUAUCACCCAA